AUGCCAGAGACACUUCGCAUUGAUCUGAGUGGGAGCCCCCACGAGAUUGGAGUUCAGCAUGGAAGACUCCUCGCGUCACAGAUCAAAAGUCAGAUUUCCGUUUAUGAUGCAAUGUUCAAAAAGACCUCGAAUAUGGACUGGGCAGCAGUCAAGAUCAUUGCACAAGAUUACGCCGUCACUUUACAACGUCUCACACCUGAGAUAUACUCAGAAAUGGAAGGGAUUGCUGAAGGAUCUAGAUUAGACAUCCUCGACAUUGUGACUCUCAAUUGUCGAAGUGAAAUUGCGUUGGGAAUGUUCUCAGAUGGUUGCACGAGCCUGGGCUGGGCCAGGAGCGACGGUGUUUUCCUGGCCCAGAAUUGGGAUUGGACAGCCAGAGUCAAAGACAACGUGGCUAUCAUGUCAAUCGACCAACCCGGCAAGCCCAAGAUUUUCAUGGUUAAUGAGGCCGGUUUGGUUGGUAAGAUUGGUUUCAACUCUUCAUCCGUUGGGGUCUGCAUGAAUGCAAUACGUGCGAAACCAGCUGAUAGCUCGAAAAUUCCAUUCCACGUUGCCGCCCGGCUGUGUCUGGAGGCUUCGUCAACAGCCUCGGCGAUCAAGCGCUUGCAGGCUCUCGGAGGAAUAGCUUCAGCUCAGCAUCUUCUCCUGGCCGACCCGACCGGCCCAAUCAGCAUGGAGCUUUCUCCUCGGGGAGACUCUUAUAUCUCCCCGGACGAAGAUGGUAUAGUUUGCCACACCAACCAUCUGAUUGAAAAUCGCCAUGUUGAUGAGCGCCCAUGGCUUUCUGGGUCGCCCAUUCGGCUUGACAGGGCACGAAUGUUGACUGCAAAACUGGCCAAAAGUGGUGUCGCUGUUGAUGACAACAUCCUCCGCAAAGAAAUCUUCUCAGACACGUUUAAUUCCCCACAAGCGAUCUGUUGUCAAGAAAAUCCCGAACGGCCAAUCGAGACGAGGAGUAGGACUCUCUUCUGCAUUGUCAUGAAAUUAGUCCAAGGGCAACGUCCAACGGCCGAGGUCGUGAUGGGAAUGCCUGGUACCUCUGACGAGGGGCCGGUAUUGUCUAUGGGAUGA